GCGCGUAUGUGACUGGUUACACUGGAAAAAUAAAAUUGAACAGCAUUGUAUUUUGACAAAGAAAUCGCUACUUAGAAGAAAGACAUGCCUUAAUGUAUUUCAUACCUGUGUCGACCGUCAAGGUGCGUUCUUGUCCUUGUCCUAGCCUCUUAAAGCAUGCUGGAAAAAUGCAGACUUUAAGUAGAAGAGAUGCCGGAGUCUGGAAUCAAACAAAGAGCCUGCUGUACAAAAAUCUACUGAUCAAAUGGAGGACCAAGCAACAAAGUCUCCAGGAGUUGAUUCUUCCUCUGCUACUUUUGGGCCUACUCAUCCUCAUCAGUACCCUCAACCCUCAUAUCUCGUAUGGCAGCAUCAGCACUUCUGAGUUAGAAGAUGGUGAUCGGUACUUGUCAUUCAAAGGCCUGGGCUACACUCCCAUAACAAAUGUCACCAGUCAGAUCAUGGAGGAAGUGGCACAAGAGUUACAUAUGCAGGACCGCUUAGAGAUGUUCUCUACUGAAGAAGACCUGGAGAAUGCCAGCCUGUAUGAACCUCUUGGCUAUGUGGGAGUGGUGUUCCUUGAUAAGAUGUCCUACCAGUUACGAUUCCCCUACAAUCAGGUCCCUUUACCUAGUGACUACACUGAGUCAAUCGCCAACUGUUAUGCCAACCAUUUAAACUGCCAUGCAGCUAACUAUUGGUAUUCUGGUUUCACACGGCUCCAGUCAGUGAUCGACGCUGCCAUCAUCCAGAUGCAAACAAAACGUUUGAUGUGGAGGGAGCUGAACAUGCGUGUGGUGAUGAUGGGUCACCCUGAUACAGUGGAGGUCCAGAAGUUCCCACAUGCACUCAUCUCCAUUUAUUUGGUGUUGGCUUUCACACCUUUCGUGUCCUUCCUCAUUGUCAAUGUGGCAGCGGAGAAGGAGCACCGGCUCAAAGACACCAUGAGCAUGAUGGGACUGUAUGACACUGCAUUCUGGCUCUCAUGGGGUCUUCUCUAUGCUGCCCUGGUUACCACUAUGUCUGUUCUUAUGGCUGUUAUCGCUACAUGGACUCCCCUCUUCUCCAACAGCAAUUUCUUCAUCAUCUUCCUUCUCAUCUUCCUUUAUGGAAUAUCCACUAUCUUCUUCUCCUUCAUGCUCACUCCUUUGUUUAAGAAGCCCAAGUUUGCAAGUACGAUGGGCUCCAUGCUGACACUGGUGUUUGGCUGCUUGUCUCUGUUUACGGUGCUGAUGAGGGAUUUCCCCCAGCCGGCUGUCUGGGUGCUCUGCUUGCUCUCUCCCAGUGCCUUCUCCAUCGGCAUUGCCCAGGUGGUGUAUCUGGAGGCACAGGGGGACGGUGCGGUGUUCUCCACUUUGGCUCAUGGCCCUCAUGCGCUGUAUGUGCCGCUGCUAAUGCUCUUCCUCGACUGCAUCCUUUAUCUGCUGCUGGCUAUUUACCUAGAUCAGGUGCUACCAGGUGAGUUUGGAAUGAGACGCUCUGUGGUCUACUUCCUGAAGCCUUCUUAUUGGUCAAAACGCAGAAAGCGCUAUGUGGAAGUGAGCUCUGUUUAUGAAGGCGAGAUGAAUGGCACACCUACGGCUGAUGAAUCAGUGGAACCAGUUUCUCCUGAGUUUAGAGGCAAAGAGGCCAUAAGGAUCUAUAACAUCCAUAAAACCUAUAAAGAGAAGGACAGCAUGGUGGAUGCACUGAGAGGUUUGACUUUUGACAUUUAUGAAGGUCAGAUCACUGCUCUAUUGGGUCAUAGUGGAGCAGGGAAAUCCACCCUCAUGAACAUCCUGUGUGGCAUCUGUCCUCCAACAGAAGGCUCUGCUGCCAUCUAUGGCUCUCCAGUGGCAGAGAUAGCGGAUGGAGCUGAGAUGAAGCAGCUCGUGGGAAUCUGCCCACAAUUCAACAUCAUCUUCGAUGUGUUGACUGUGGAGGAGCACUUAAGGAUCUUCGCAGCCAUUAAAGGCAUUCUUCCCAGUGACAUUGACAAUGAGGUUAGGAAAGUUUUGAAGGAUCUGGACUUGGAAAAGAUUAUAGAUGCACAGGCCAAGAACCUGAGUGGGGGUCAGAAGAGGAAGCUGUCUGUGGGCAUUGCUAUUCUAGGAGACCCUAAGAUCCUGCUCUUGGAUGAGCCUACAGCAGGUAUGGAUCCAGUGUCACGUCACCAGGUGUGGGCCUUGCUGAAGGGUCGCCGGGCAGGCAGAGUUACUGUCCUCAGCACGCACUACAUGGACGAGGCAGACAUACUGGCAGAUCGUAAAGCAGUCAUCUCUCAAGGCCAGCUAAAAUGUGUGGGCUCUUCUCUCUACCUCAAAACCAAGUGUGGCGUUGGCUACCACCUCAGGAUGUCUGUGACAGAAGUCUGUGAAGCAGACAGCCUUACAUCGCUGGUCAAGCAGCAUGUUCCAAAAGCUCAGUUGUCAAGGCAACAGGAGGCAGAGCUCACGUUCACAUUGCCUUUUGAGAGCAUGGAAACAUUUCCAGGGCUUUUCACUGAGCUGGACUGUAGGCCUGACCUGGGUAUCGUUAACUAUGGUGUUUCCAUGACAACAUUAGAAGAUGUGUUUUUGCGUUUGGAGGCGGAAGCAGAAGUGGACCAGGCAGACUACAGUGUGUUCAACCAGGACAAGACAGAGGAGGAGGGUGAUGCAUCUUCCCUGGAUGACAUGGACCAGAGGCUGCUUACCUUCUCAGAAAACAGGCAGGAUGCAGUAACAGGCCAUGCCCUCUGGAGGCAGCAAUUCAGCAUUGUAGCCUGGCUCCAUAUGCUUAACCUGCAGAGAGAAAGGAAACCCAUCAUAUACAAUGUGACGCUGUUCCUGGUCUUCCUGACUGCAGUGCUGGUUCUGUCACUGGCUACAGGGAAUAUUCAGAUCCAUUCCCCUGAAAGACAGUUCCAACCUAUCUACCUGCUCCGCCGCAAUGAAGCCCCUCGCAGAUAUGCUACCAGCUUACUUGUGCUCAACUCCUCUGACUCUGAUAUAUCAGGCUUCAUUCAUAACCUGGAAUCUCAGGACAUUAAGGUGGAGAUGAUGAAGAAAGUGGACUACAUGUCUGCUGCACCUCACAGUGCUGCAAUCAAUGUAACAGGCUCUAGUAAGGGUUUUGGUUAUAUGUUAGCCUUUAACAGUACUACAGUGCACUCUCUGCCCAUGGCAGUGAAUGUACUCAGUAAUGCCUUGCUCAGAGGCUUCAAUGGUUCAGGACAGAUCAACACCUGGACUAAGCCCUUUGAAUAUCAAAUUCCAGACUCAACAUCUUAUGCCUUGGUUUACAUUGAGGCUGUGAUUCUGGGUAUGUUGGCAGCUGGCAUGCCAGCCUACUUUGCAAUGGACCACACACGAGAUCGAGAGAUAAAGUGCCGCUCGACGUUGAGGAUCUCUGGUCUGCUGCCCUCUGCGUACUGGUGUGGACAGGCUGCUGUAGACAUCCCGUUCUACUACCUCAUCCUCAUCGCCAUGACCACCACACUGUUCAGCUUCCAUUCCACGAACCUGUUGUCUGACAGCAACAUCAUGUCCGUGAUUCUCUGUCUAAUUGGAUUCUGCCCUGCCAUGGUCCUCUUCACAUAUUGUGUGUCAUUCAUGUUUGCCAAAGUCCAGAGCAACAGAGAUUUCUUCUCUGUUGUCUCCAUGAUGGUGUGUGUAGUGUCUGCCUCCAUGGUCCAGCUGGCCUUUGUGAAUGAUAAUCCUGCCCUUACACGUGUCUUACACAACACCCUGUGCUUCUUCAACCCACUAUACCCCCUGAUGGGCUGCCUCAACUGCAUCACCAAGGCUACCUUCUUUCUGUCUUUCCAUGAAGAGUUCCUGUGGAAAAAUCUUCUCAUUGCAGUUAUAGCUCCUUACCUGCAGUGCAUUCUGCUGCUCUUCUUGCUGCGGUGGUUAGAAAUACGCUAUGGAGGUAGGACUAUGAAGAAUGACCAGCUGUGCAGGAUCUCCUCUAAGGCCAAGGGCAGAGUGCAGAGAAACCCAGAGGAGAGCAUAAAUGAAGAUGAGGAUGUACUGGUGGAGAAGGCUCGCGUGAAAGAGGCACUCACCUGUCAGAGCUGUGAUGAGAAACCUGUGGUGGUGGUGAGCAAUCUGAGGAAGCAAUACUCCAGCAAAAGAGAGGGCUUCUCUCUUGGCAAGCGGAGGAAAGUGGCUGCUAAGAACAUCUCCUUCUGUGUCCGUAAAGGUGAGGUCCUGGGACUUCUGGGACCUAAUGGAGCAGGGAAGAGCACAAUCAUGCACAUGCUGUCAGGAGACACAAAUGCCACUGCUGGACAGAUUUUGAUGGGAGACUAUAGCACAGAGUUCAAGCCAGUGGAUAACCCACUUGAGCACGCAGGUUACUGCCCUCAGGUGAACCCCCUCUGGCCUAGGAUCACCCUACAGGAGCAUCUCCAGAUCUAUGCUGCCAUUAAGGGCUUACGCAAUGAUGAUGUGCCAAACAUCAUCAGACGUGUGGUUAAUGCUCUGGAGCUGAAGGAGCAUCUUCAUAAGCAGGCUAAAAAUCUGUCUGCAGGCCUCAAGAGGAAGUUGUGUUUUGCACUGAGCAUGCUGGGAAACCCUCAGAUUGUGCUCCUGGAUGAACCCUCAUCUGGGAUGGACCCCAAAUCCAAGCAGCGCAUGUGGAGAGCGAUGCGUGCUGCGUUUAAAAACAAGCAACGUGGCGCCAUCUUGACCACUCACUACAUGGAGGAGGCAGAGGCAGUGUGUGACCGAGUAGCCAUCAUGGUCUCUGGCCAGCUACGGUGCAUUGGUUCCAUCCAGCACCUGAAGGGGAAGUAUGGUCGGGGUUAUAGUCUAGAGAUUAAACUUCGAGAGGAGCUCACUGGCCUCCAGCAGGUGGCACUACUCCACAAGGAGAUACUAAGGAUCUUUCCUCAUGCUGCACGCCAAGAGAGUUUCGCCACUCUGAUGGUUUAUAAGAUUCCAAUGGAGGAUGUUAAAUCACUAGCCAAGGCUUUUUCUCAGCUUGAGAGUGCUAAGCAGAACUUCAAUUUUGAAGAAUACAACUUUUCUCAGUCUACCCUUGAGCAGGUUUUCAUGGAGUUUGCUAAAGAGCAGGAGAAUGAGGAAGAGGAGUUGGGCUCUCUUAGCACCACCUUCCAGUGGCAACGACUCCGUCAGGAUGGCCCUGUGUCCUUCAAUCACACUGACAGCAUUGUGCACCAGCUCUGAGCCAGUUCCUCCCACUCUCUCCCACUCCCCUGCCUCUUUCUGCCUCCACGGACUGAUUGCCAAGCUUGUACUGGCAUAUUUUGACCUCCUCACCAUCCCGGUAUAAGAUGCACAAUAUAUGAAUAACUUUGUUCAGCUGUGUCUUGGUCUUGCCUUUCAGCUGUUUUAUAUGAGGCUGUGUGUGGAAUCAGUCACACAGGAAAAACGCAUGGGAAGGAUCUUCAUCAGGAAUCUUGGCGAAACCAAAGCAGUGUCUCUAACCCAACCCUAACUGCCCCAUCAAUCGCUCACAUUUGUGCGGAAGAGGUGCUUUGCUGUCCGUAGCAUUAGAUCUGUUGUAUGUAGAUAUGUAAUGCAAGGAGGAAGUCUAGAGAUUUUUUGUCUUGGGUGUCUGAUGACUUUCACAAGCACAGGGAGCUGCAGAAGGAGGAACUUCUUUCUACCUGCCUGGUGCAGGCUUUGAGGUGGUCUUACCUCUUUCAGAGUACCACAGCACUGCUGCUGUGAUAUACCAGCACAUGGAGACUCUCCGCUUCACAAUCCCACCACUGGUGGCCUGCCACCAGGGCCGGGCGAGAUGGCCCUGCUCUCUGCUGCUCCCCAGAGUGCUCGAACUUCUCCAACACCAGCAUGCGCUUCAGGCCCGUGCUACAACGCCUAGCUCUCUAGAGACAGGCCUGUCGAUAAGGCACAGACCUACGCGGACAAAUAGUGUCUGAUUACUAAGAAAAAAGAUGAUCCCCCUCCCCCACCCCUCCCCAAGUGUCUUUGUUUUGACUUUUUUAUUUUUAACUUGCCCUGUGGCCUUCGUGUGGAGAUAAUUAAAUGUCUGAAAUGACAGAGACAAUAGCUUAAGAAUGUAGUUGCCGCACACUCCACUUAGACGCAUGUAGCACUCCAUAUUAAUCAGAAAUGGAAACAUGGCCACGAGUUACUGCGGAAGACUUUGAAGUCAUAUGACUUUUUAAAAAUUAGUUAAAAGGAGAUUACAUACUGAGCAAGGCCUUGAAUACAUGACUGUGUUAUGAUGGUGUUUUAUUGGAAAGCACUGUCUGUGUGUGACAGGUGUUUUAUCAUACUGGUGUAGCAAAGAUUAAGUUCUUAAGAGCUUUAUGGUGUGAAAUUACUUUUUAAUGCGGGUUUGAGAUGCACAAUUUACUUACACUACAUAUUCAUAGCAUGAAUUCAGUCUUUUGUUGUGUUUUGCUGUUUUGUUAGUAAUACCAGCAUUUGGUGGACAUAUUAAAGUAGUAUGGUUGGUAUUGCCUUUAUUGCACACCAAAUAUAAAACACUGCAACAUUAAUAGAAAAAUAUAAAUCCAAGACCAUUAUUUAGUUAAUAACAAGUAACAGUUUGACAGAUUGGUGUACACAUUAUUAGAAGUUUUUAACUGCUGUGCUGACAAGGAGAAGGAGCGGAACACUAAAGGUGUUAUUCAUAAAACUGAGUUGCAUCCAAGUCAUGAUUCACUUUAAUCUUUUUUCUUUUAGAAAAUGUCUGUCUUCAUGCAGUUUGACUUGGCUGUGUAUCUCUGAGCAAGUUUUUCAUUUUGAAUUCUGACAUCCUCCUGGUGUCACUGAGGCUCAAUUAAACAUUUCAGCAGUUUUGUAUGAUGGCUUUUAAUUAAAUUACUGUAGUAUAGUUUAGUACUGUUUCUCAGUCAGGUGGAAAAGCUUCAAUCUUAUAGUUGCCACUUUUAAUAUAGACUAGCAGUAGAGUUUGCAGCACAUGUUAAAGCUUCACAAUUUUGAUGUCCAGUUUGGCUUUUCUUGAAUUGUAUUUGGAUGGUUUAGACCCCCCCCCCCCAUUUCCUGAAUAAGCUAUUAGAAUAUUUGUUAUCCCAGUACAGAGCUAAUUUUCUACAUUGUACCUUUGGUCUUGCCAUCUUGUCUAGGAGUGAAAGUUUGUCAGGUGCUCAUUUAUACAAGGGCCUGCUUAAAGGUGUGUGUGUGUGUGGGUUGGGGGGUGGGGUGUAAGUAUUGAGUUGUCUAUUCAAGAAGCGAUUGAUAAAUAUUUUGGUAUCUUAAGGGAAUGGCUAAUGUUAUAUACAUAUUUCAUUUUUUUUUCUUGACUGCACAAUAAAAAGACAAGGUAAGUUCCCCCCCACCCCCACCCCCGAAUGUGAAAGGAGGCAUAUAGUAAUAGUCUGAACCAGUCCAUAAAAAUUGUAAUCUAGAUCAAAAAGGUGCAUUGUUUUGAAUUCUGUAUGUUUAUAUACUGUUAUUUAUACUCAAAACAUUUAAAAGCCCUCCAAAAUCAAAAUUAAGUUUACAAUAUUUAUAUUUGACCAAGUCAGCUACCCAACAUUGGCUGAGAACUAAAAAUUUGUUUUAUAAUAUUUCAAGAGGCAAUUUUAAAUUCUUACCCUACCAUCAGGAGAAAUGCCUUCAACAUAAACAGUGAGAUGAGCUCACACUGGGGAAGAUGAGCUGUAUGCUUUAGCAUUUACGAAAAAAAAAAAAAAGUCCGAUGUGAAUGCAUUGACAGUUCAUGGAAUUGCUGUACAUAUGAUCAUACCCCUUUGUUAAUGUAUUGAUAUACAUUAUGCAAAAAUACUAGGGAGUGGCAAGUUGCUAUUUUUUAUUUAAUCAACUUUAUUUUUGCACAUAUGUAGCCUCUUGUACCAGUAUUGUAAGGAUAGGUUGGGUUCGGUUGAAGUAGAUGUACAUUCAGUAAAAUCUCUCUUCAAAAAGGAAAUUAAUUUUCUCCAGAGUGCAAUAUAUCAAUACCUUUUGUGUCCAUGUGGUCACCAUUUUCUGUAAAUGAUGUGUCAUGGCUUAUGGCAAUAUUGAUGUUGUCCCUCGUGAACUAAGAAGUAUCUUGCAGUAAACUGUAGCCACCAAUAUAUAACCUUGUUGAAUGUUUGCUUUGCACUUUAGUGUCCAAAUACUUAAAAAUUAUAAUAAAACUAAAUGUCAUUUUUAAAUGGA